CUGGGCAACAAGAUCGAAACUCCAUCUCAAAAAAAUAAUAAUAAUUCAUUUCUCUAUAGUGAAACAUAGGCAUUGAUUUCUGCUGGUGGACAGCCUGGCAGUGAUGCCAUGGACACAGGAUCAUUUGCAGAAACUUGAGGAUGUCAUUGACAUCAGUCACGCAAUUCUUGCUCUGAUGGACUUGCUAUGUGACCCCGACACAUUGCAUGUGAUACUGUAUUUGCGCCAGGCUGCGUGCGAUGUAAGGCUGACUCUGCUCUAAAGCAUUACCUGGUGCUAACAUUCGAAUAUAGUGUCCAGUGUUCUGAUCACCUGCGACAUUUUUAACAAGAUUAAUGAGUUCUCACUUUAAAGAUAAGAUACAGAGUAAAAAGGAACAAAGGUCUUGAGUCCUGCGGAAGUUCUCAUGUGUUCAUUCCUUACACCAUCAUUGGGUGCUGACUCUGCACCCUGCUCCGCCUAUGGGGAGGCAGAGAAAGCAGCUGGGGCUGGUGGGGUGUGCAGGGGCAGUGGUAACAGUACAGGGCGGGGUCUGGGAUGCUGCGCGGCUGCAGAGUGAGCCUGGUGAGCGGGAGGAAAGGGCCCAAUCCUCCAGGCUCCAGCCCCAAAGGAGAUGGUGCCCUUGAGGCCUUCUCAGCACAGCGCUUCCUCGGGGCCACCACCCCUCCAAGUGCUGGUGAUGGUUUGUCCCUGAGCCCCACACCGCUCAUCUUGAAUCGCCCACAGGACAGUUUAUUGAGCGCCUGCUCUGUGCUGGGCACUAGUGCAGGCGCCCAGAUGUAGUCAGUGAACAGGUCAUGUCUGUGAAGCAGACAGACACCAGACAUGCAGACUUUAAGACGGCAGGUCGUACUGAGUGCCAAGAGGACAGUAAGCCAGGGACGGGGACCACUGGGGACUGGUCCCAGGGCCACUGUCUGGCAUGGCACACACUCCUCCUUGCCUCGGCCUCCUGACCUGUCAUCACCACCCAGACUCUUGUCCCUCCUUCCACCCUUUCCACCCGGCCAUGGUGCCGCCCGGGAUGCAGGCCACGGCACCAGGAGCUGGGGCUCCAGUGAUCCGCCAGCCUCGGCCUCCCUUCCUGCCCCAGCAGAGCCCUGCAUCCUGUGCCCCCUGCCCUGCCUGUCCCCGCCCUCCUCCCCUCCUUGUCCCUUCUUUGUCCUGUCCUUCCUUGUCCUUAUUUCCUCUCCUUCCUUCAAACUCACAUCCCCUCUGGUGCUCACCAUGGGCUGAGCCUCUGGACUCCAUGGUCCCCUUUUUCUGUCCUUGCUCUGUCAUCUACUGUCACUCCAACCCUCCUGCCCUCAUGGAAGAUGGCAGCUCCCAAGCCGUCCCUGUGUCUGCAGUCACCGAUGACCCGCUGCUUUGUCCCCAGCUCUCUUCUUGAUUCCCACAGUCUCUGCUUCUGCAGACACCUGGCCAUGCCGGCCCUCUCCUGCCCGGUCCGGUCACCUCUUCUCUCCUCUUGUACCCUCUGACCUGGCUGCUCCCCCUGACGGAGCCACCUGCACAGGCGCUCCCAUCUCAUUCCAAACCCAUGUUCCUAGCCUCCAAAGAACUGGGGCCCUGUUCAGCAUCCCCAUCUCCCACCACUUUCCUGAGACUGCAAAUCAUCAAAAAAGAAGAACCUUUGAAUAUAGUACCGAUCUUUUCCCCUAGAAAUAAAGGUACAUUUAUUGUAGGUUUUGGUUUUGGUACAUUUUGUACAAGAAAAGAGAAUGCUUUAUUUUUGGAGGUAAGAAUUACUGAUGAGCAACCAUAAAUAGUUUUUUAAAGUAGACCUUUUAAAUCAUACUGUGUUUUACAAAAUGUUACUGAGUAUGCUAUGAGAAAUUACUAAUAAGCAUCUUUAUC